CGUCCCACUUAUAAGGCCCAAACUCAUCACACACCUCGCAGCCAUGUCGGAGGAGCUGCUCGACGAGGUCGAAGCCCUCAACUCCAUUUACGGCGAGGGCACGCUGAUCCACGACGACAACGACGACGCCUCCGCCUCCGCCAACGGCUCCUUCGAGGGCCCGGACCCAAACCGGGAAUCCGUCUACGUGCUCCGGCUGCCCGGCGGGGCGUCGAGUCUCCGGCUGGGCUUCUCACAGGCGUACCCAGCGACGGCGCCGCCCUCGGUGCUCGGCACGGAGCACUCGUCGGGCGGCGUCCGGGGCGCGGGGGCGCGCGACCUGGCGCUGUUCCGGGACGUGCUGGGGCGGGCGUACGAGCCGGGCGCGGUGUGCCUUUUCGAUGCGAUGGAGGAGUUUGCAAGGGUGAGGGCAGAGGAGGAGGAGGAGGAAGCAAAGGGUGAGGGAGGAGGAGAGGAAGGAAGAGGAGGGGGUGCGGCCACGCACGGGGAGGGGGCCGAGAAGGGAGAGGGGGAGGAGGAGGAUGAUGGCGAGGGAGAGGGCGGCGGGGCCGCGAUGCGAAGAAGGCGUCGUGGUGGUAUUGAACAGGCCGGUGAUGCUGGUGACGGUGGUGGUGGUGGUGAUGAUGACGAAGAGGACGAGGCGAGGGUCCUCGCGUCCAUGGAGGCCCCGCCGUGGGUGCGCUCCGAGCCCAUCACGGAGAACAAGUCGACCUUUGUCUCGCACGUCGCGCGCGUCACGUCCCCCCGCCAGGCACGGCUGUACCUCUCGCACCUCCUCGCGUCGGACAAGCGCAUCCGCAGCGCGACGCACAAUAUCAGCGCGUGGCGGAUCCGCGGCGGCGACAGCAACAACACCAACACCAACAACAACACUACCGCCACCAAAGCUAGCAACGCCAGCAACAACAGCAAGGAGAAGAGCAGCGGCGGCAGCAGCAGCGCGAGGGCAGCACCGGCGGCACCGGCGGCGGUGGUGUACCAAGACUGCGACGACGACGGCGAGACGGCGGCCGGGUCGCGGCUGCUGCACCUGAUGCAGGUGAUGGAGCUGUGGGACGCCAUGGUGGUGGUGACGCGGUGGUACGGCGGCGUGAAGCUGGGCCCGAGGCGGUUUGCCGUCAUCAACGCGGCGGCGAGGGAUGGGUUCGUGCGGGCGGGCAUGGUGGCCGAGGGGGGUGGUGGUGGCGGUGGUAGUAGAGACAAGGACAAGGAUAGGAAGAAGGGCCGGUGA